AUGGCGGAUGUGCUGCAGAUCGCAAAGAUCGGUCUUUUCGUCAGCGCAGACUACAUGGGCACGUCCAUGAUGCGCAGCCUUCUGCCUCAACUCCUCGUCGCCUCUUCCGCCUCGGCGGUGGGAAGCCUCGAGUCGUCCUACGGCCUGGGCCAGACAUUGGGCAGUCUCUCGCUGCCGUAUCUCAGCGAUCUCUUUGGCCGGCGUCGCAUUCUGCAGCUGUCUUGCCUCGGCACCGCUGCCGGCUACA